UUAAUUUUUAACCUCCUCCGCUCUCUUUUUGAUAUCCCAAGUCACUGCCAUCUUUCUUCUUCCUUUUUAUAACCUUCUUUAAAUCUACAAAUACCAACCUUCACAAUGUCUGACGAGCACGAGACCUUCGAGUCCGCCGACGCUGGCGCGUCGACCACCUUCCCCAUGCAGUGCUCUGCUCUGCGUAAGAACGGUCACGUUGUCAUCAAGAACCGUCCCUGCAAGAUUGUCGAAAUGUCCACCUCCAAGACUGGCAAGCACGGUCACGCCAAGGUCCACUUGGUCGCCCUCGACAUCUUCACUGGCAAGAAGCUCGAAGAUCUGUCUCCCUCUACCCACAACAUGGACGUUCCCAAGGUCUCCCGCAAGGAAUACCAGCUCCUCGACAUCACCGACGACGGUUUCCUCUCUCUUAUGAAGGAUGACGGUGACACCAAGGACGACGUCAAGCUCCCUGAGGGUGAGCUUGGUGGCAGGAUCGAGAAGUUGUUCCGUGAGGAGGAGAAGGACCUCAACGUCACCAUCUUGACUUCCAUGGGUGAGGAGUGCUGCAUGGACGCCAAGGAGGCUCCUAAGAUUUAAACUUCCCUACGAUUUCUUACGGAUCUAUUCGUUUGUCGAACUUUGUCUUCCAAUGGACUUUCGUCAAGUUAUGUCCUCAAGUUUGUGGAUUACGACCCUUUUGGGCAGUCAGCGGCAUGUCUGUUGCGUAAAUCGUAUCCUAUAAUAAUAGCCUUGGAUGUGCAUUGAAGCGACAAAGGAUUAAAAAAGAGUUGCUUUUUUCUGUUGGCAGCAUCAGCGUGCGUUGUCAGAGGAAUAGUUCUGAGUUCACGAGUUUUUGACGAACAAUAAAAUCAUUCAACGAAC